AUGGAUGACGAACAAGGGGCACGGCUAGAUGAGAUUGAGGGAACGAUACGUGGACAUGUCGGCUUGAUUGAGGAUUCGCUCGAUAGGAUCGAGGGAAAGCCGAAUGCAGGGAAACAAGAUAAAUUGUACAAUGGGAGGACAAGAGACACGAAAGAGGGUGGGAAAUGA